AUGGUCGAGAGUCAGUGGAAGAUGGAGGAGAUAAUAGCGGAACUCGACGCCAACAUUAAAAUGGAAGAACACGUUAACGACAUGGUAACCAAGAACGCAACUGUCACCACGCGGACCGAAAGCGCUAACUUCCACAUGAGGCAAGGUGUACGCAAGCUCACGCCAUGCAUGUUCUGCCAAUCUCCCAUGCACAAGUCAGCACUAUGCAACAGAUAUUCCACAGUAGAGGAAAAGCGUAGUUUCAUCCAGAACAACAACAUGCGCCUCAACUGCGGACGCGAAGGACAUUUCGUGAAAGACUGCACAAGGGAAGGGUGCAGAAAAUGCCAAGGCGCAGAUCAAUCAUUUAUCAACCAAGCAUUAGCAGAGAAUUUGGGACUCACAUGCACAGAAAUAAAGGAAUUCAAUAUGUAUACAUUCGGAACCAGAGACCUUAUCCCAACAACGUGCGGAGUAACGUUCUUGGAUCUCUGGGAUAACAUGGGAGAAAAGCACAAUGUGCGCCUACAUGCAACGGCGGUAUUAGCCGCGAAAGGAAAACUCACGUAUCUCAGUCAGCAGGACUUAGAUUUCAUCGCAAACAACAAGAUACAGUUAUCCAAAGUAACGAAACGCAAACAAUCCAAACCACAAAUACUUCUAGGCUGCGAUCAGUUGUGGAACUUGUUAGAAGUUCCUUCACCAAGGUACACGCUUCCGUCCGGUUUACUACUCAUCCCAUCUAAACUGGGAUACCUUCUGACCGGGAGACAGCAAAUGACGGCGACAUUAGAUCCCCAACUAAGUAUGGUAACGAUGAUCCAAACGCUCACUAAUGAAGAGGAAGACCUACAACGUUGGGACAGAUACUGGACAAUGGAUUCGGCAGGAGUCUGCGAAUUCACAGAAGAUGACGAUGGAUAUUACAUGCGCUUACCCUUUAAACAAGAUCACCCGCCGCUCCCAACGAACAAAGCAAUAGCCUUCAAACGCCUUGAAAGUGUAUUGAAAAUGCUGAAAUCCAACGCAGAACUUUUGGAAGACUACGACGACACGUUUAAGACACAACUGGAUAACGGUAUAAUCGAAGAAAUUCCUGAAGAACAAGAGGAGGGAGAUGUAAUUCAUUACAUCCCUCACCAGCCGGUCAUCACACCCCAUAAGGAAACCACAAAAUUACGCAUAGUUUUCGAUGCAUCUUCACACUUGAAAGACUGUCCCUCGCUUAACGAUGUACUCUAUCAAGGCCCGCUCAUCCUACCAGAACUCUACGCAAUGUUGCUACGCUUCAGGAUACCAAAGUACGUCAUCACGUCUGACGUAGAGAAAGCCUUCCUUCAAGUUCAUUUACAUGAGCUAGACCGCGAUGCGACUCGAUUCUUCUGGGUCACAUUUGGACUAAAUGUGUCACCAUUUCUAUUAGGAGCAACGGUUCAUUACCACCUACGCAACGCAAUUCAGGACAAGGAAUUGGAAAAAGAAAUCCGGGAAAAUCUUUACGUUGAUAAUCUCAUCCUUGCCGCAGAAACAAAACAAGAAGCACUACGUAAAUCAACCGAUUCUAGGAAGAUUUUCGCCGACAUGGGUAUGAAUCUACGCGAAUUCCUAUCAAACAACCAUUUCAUCUCGGAAGGCAUCCCCAAAGAAGCCUGCGCAACUAACAGAGUACAGAAGGUCCUGGGAAUCACAUGGGAUAACGACAAAGACAUCAUAAAUAUUCGAUGCGAUUUCCCUUCAACUCAUCAUCUGACAAAACGCAUAGUGGCCAGACAGAUUGCAUCGAUAUACGAUCCGUUCGGAUGGCUAGUACCACUCCUUACGCAACCCAAACGGUUCCAGCAAGACCUAUGGAAGCAAAAAUUCGCUUGGGAUACGGUCCUUCCAAAGAAGAUAAAGGAGGAAUGGGACACAAUUACUAAUAACGCUCAUGGAUUUCAACAAUCUUUCUCGAGACAAUUCUUCACUAAACCAGAAUGUGGCAGCUUAGCCAUCUUCGCAGACGCUAGCGGCAUAGCAAUGUCAGCAUGCGCUUAUAUCUUCACUGUAAAUCAAUCAACGCUAGUCAUGGCAAAAUGCAAGUUACCGUCGAUAAAAUCCAGGCCAACAAUAUAUUUCGUAAGACAUCUAGAUUGUGUGCAUGUGUAUUUUCUAGACAGUAGUCAAUCUGUGUCGCAAGAGGAACUGUUUUGA